AUGGCGGCACUGGGAGAUGACAUGGGCGGCGACAGUGGGGGUGGUGGCGCUGGUAGUGACUCGCAGGGCUACACCAAGGUACCUGUAGGUGCGUACUUGAUCAAUGUCUUGUCCUUGCAAAGUCAGCGGUGUCUGACCCUGGAAGUCAACAUGGAACGCAUACUCUGCCCCGACAAGCUUGAUGUUGAUCCAAAUUCCCCAGCUGCUGAGAAGGAAUACAAGCAUUGGCUUAAAACUUUUGAAAACAUUAUUGAUGAGUGUGGAGACAGAGCGCCUGACAAACUACGAUGUUUGACAAAAUAUGUGUCUGCUACUGUGUAUGAAUUUUUUGCUGAUGCUACGGAGUUUGAAACCGCGAUACAAGUGUUAGAAAAGCUCGCCACAAGACGUCAGCGUCCUUCCGAAACACUGGAUGAAUUUCUUCGCGACUUGCACAGACUCGGCAAAGAUUGUACUCUAAAAGCUGUCACGGCCGAAGAAUAUCGUGAAGAGUUAGUAUGGGAUGACUUCAUCAACAGACUGUCUUCUGCAAGUAUACGUCAACGUCUAUUGGAAAAUCAGGCUCUCACACUCUCUCAAGCCUUUGAUCAAGCUAGAGCCUUGGAUCUUGCACAGCGUACUUCGGAAACCUUCCAGCCACUAGGCCCUGUCAUUGCAGCAGCUUCAGGAUGUGUGGAGGAAACUGUUAAGUCACCAUACACUAAUCAACAAGAUAUAUAUCCAGAUGAGGAUUCAACACUUACAAGUAUGACCACUAAGAAACGAUGUUGGUUUUGUGGUGGCAGUCUUCAUUUACGGGCGAGAUUUCCAGCUAAAGAUAGUGAUUGCUUUUCAUGUGGAAAAAGAGGGCACUCGGCAAAAGUCUGUCAGACUAAGGGUAAGAAACAGGUCACGGCAUCAAUUUCAUCUCCUACUCUUUGUGCCAUCUCAGCUGCUGUUCCUCAUUGCCUGAAUUGCUCUGCUACAAACUUAAAGGUAAAUGGAAGACGAAUCUCCCGCCUUAUUGGUUCGGCAAGUUCUGAGAGUUUCAUUGACAAGAGAGUGGCCUAUCGGCUUAAGCUUCACAUCAAGUGGAUGUAA